AUUUCCCCCUCUGGAUUAUAAGAAAUAGAAGAAAUGUUGAGGCGAUCGAGGUUGAUCCUUACACUCUUCGGCGCGGUCUUGGUGUUGCUGGUGAUCGGAAAUGCUCUAAGGCUAGCCAAACCCAACAAUUCGCCUUCCGCCUUCGUCCAAAACGCCAUCUUCUCCUACAAGAUUGUUAUGUUCUCCAAAUCCUAUUGCCCGUAUUGCCUUCGCGCCAAACGCAUUUUCAGUGAACUAAAUGAGAAACCCUAUGUUGUAGAGCUUGAUCUCCGAGAUGAUGGAGCUAAAAUCCAGCAUGUCCUUCUGGAUUUGGUGGGUCGAAGCACCGUUCCACAAGUUUUUGUGAAUGGAAAGCAUAUUGGAGGCUCUGAUGAUCUCCGUAACGCAGUCAGUAACGGUACAUUGCAAAAGCUUGCAUCUGCAAGUCGAUGAACUGUUAGAAAGAAGGGAAUGCAGUCAUUUUGAUCCGACUCGUGAUUCGUAAUGCAGCCUGAGAGUUAGAGAAUCAUCUCUGGCCCUUUGGGUUGUGAAUUUAGUAAGUUCACAGCAAGAUAUUGUUGAAUGCUCUGUGCUAAAUGCAUGUCACUUUGAGGUUAUCUUAUAGUUCUUCGUCGUUAUGGAAAACUACGACUUUGAUCUUAACUUCACUAUAAAUGCAGGUGUGGGGAAGGAGCAAUAACUUUGAUUUAGUUUUC